CCACUCUAAUUUGUUAGUUAAAGGUGGAAAUGGGGACAUCAGAUUUGAAGAAGUUGGAUUCAUGUGAGCAGGAAAACAAUGCGAGUCAAGAUGGUUCUAUAUUGCUGGUUGAAAAUCUUGAAGAGAUGGACCAGAGAAUUAAGCAAAUGCUUAAGCUGAUCAAAGGAGAUGGUGAUUCUUUGCCUAAAAAUGUUGCAGAAGAUUCCCAUAAGAAGCCAGAGUUGAUUGAGGAAUUUCAGCAAUUGUAUCGAUCACUGGCUGGGUGCUAUGGUCACUUGACAAAAGAAGCACAUGUGCAGACUCCUGAUGGAAAGGUGGGUUUGCACAAAAUUGGCCAUCAGGUUGUUAAUUUAGAUAUGUCACCAAGCUCAGGUGGCUCUAGUCCUUUUCUUUCUGCAAUCAAAGGCACCGAAUCAUCUUCCUCGUCAUCAUUGGAGUCUGAAUCAGAAUCUCUUAAUUUAUCUCCCAGCAAUUACUUGAUUCCACCUCUGAACAUGGACUUUGACUCGCAGGGUUGGGAGAGGAUUAUUGAACUAGAGGAUGAAGUUUCCAGCAUGAAAGAGAAGCUCCAGACAAGGGAGGCUGAUCUUGAACAGGAGAAAAGACGGGUAUCCGAUAUGCAAAAACAGAUUGCUGAGUUAAAGAGUUGUGCAUCAGAAAAAGAUAAUGACAUUGGUAGAUUGGUGAGAGAGUUGGAAGUAACUACAGCAAGGCUUAAGGGCUCAGAUGAGGAGAAUGCAAAAUUAAAGGAGGAGGUUACUGAGAAAGUGUCGGAAGGCGUUAAAGAAAUGCAAGGUCAUCUUGAAGUGGCUGAGGAAGACAUAGCUAUGUUGGAAGCUCAACUUGACUCGGAGAGGAAGCAUGUUUUGGAGCUGCAGGAGAGGAUUGUGAAGUACAAUGCUGAUGUGGUUGGCCGCGAUCUUGAGUUGAUGGAAUUGAAGAGUGCAUUGCAUGAUGCACAGGAACAGUUCUCUCUGGAGAAAGCAGACCUGCAGUUUCAUAUUUCUGGUUUGUCAGAGAAUCAAACCAUCCUGGAGACCAGACUUGAUGAAUCGGAGUGGAAGAACAAGAAUCUAGAAGAUGAAAUAAGGCAACACCAAACUGAUAAGAUGGAGCUGGAAAAGAUGCGUGUUGCACAAGAGAUGGUUUUGCAAGGUGAAAUAAGUUGGCUGAAGGGAGAACUCGCUGAGCAAGGAAAACAUGUGGAAGCUGUGAAUAAGGACUUUGACAAAUUCAAACUGAAAUAUGAUAUGCUAAUGGCAGAGAAGGAUGAGCUCAAUGCUAAGGUUCAGACACUUCUGGCGAAUGUGAGUUGCCGUGAUGAUCAAAUUAGGGAAUUGGAAGGACAUCUACGCCGGUUACAUACAGAACAUGAUGAUCUGAUUGCUGGGUCUGAAAGUGCGCGCAAGUUGGUAGAUGAACUGAAGUUGAGAGUGGAGGAGUUGCAGGAAGAGGUGAAUAGGCAGAGAGUUGUAAUCUCAGAUGGGGCAGAGGAGAAAAGAGAGGCUAUACGACAACUAUGUUUCUCACUGGAGCAUUAUAGGAGUGGAUACAAAGAACUUCACCAAGCAUUUAAAGGGCACAAGUGGCAAGCAGUUCCUGCUACAUAAAAUCAGCUUCGUCUAUGAAGUGGUCUAGUAUGUGUUUCAUCUCUUGCCUGAUGUGAUGUCUUUGUGUUGUUAUGAUAGAACUUUUGCUCAGUUCUUGAAAAUCAGAUGUUACCCUAUCUUGUUUAGGGCUGUGAUCAAUUCAGAUCAAACAUUGUGUUGCUGCUUAGGUAAUCUUGAUACCAAAUGUUUUCCCUUGUGGGCUAUAUUGUGCAUGUUAAAGACCCAUCCAUAAUGGCAUAUACAAGUUUAUACUUGUUGUGUUUGCAUCUUAUUCUUCUAUAUUCUGAAUUGAAAAACAUUUGCACAUC